GCGCAGAGGCCUGUUUGUGCAUUCUGGCUGCGCGGCGGCGGCGGCGGCGGCUGCAGCGGGGGGAAGAUGGCGGCGUCCUCGCUGGAGCAGAAGCUCUCCCGUUUGGAGGCCAAGCUCAAGCAGGAGAACCGAGAAGCCCGCCGCCGGAUCGACCUCAACCUCGACAUUAGUCCCGCCCGGGCCCGGCCUAUUAUCGUCAUCACCCUAAGCCCCGCUCCCGCUCCGUCCCAGCGAGCAGCUCUGCAGCUGCCCCUGGUGAGCGACGGGGGGGGCCGGGCUGUGCCCCCUGAGGGCCCCCAGCACCCACCCCCCCCCUCCCGCCCCCGCCACAUGCUGGGGCUGCCCCCGCCGCCCUUCCUGGUGCCCCGCAGCGUCGAGAGCAUCGAGAUCGACCAGAAGCUCCAGGAGAUCAUGAAGCAGACGGGCUACCUCACCGUGGGGGGGCAGCGCUACCAGGCGGAGAUCAACGACCUGGAGAACCUGGGGGAGAUCGGCAGCGGCACCUGCGGGCAGGUCUGGAAGAUGCGCUUCCGCAAGACAGGCCACGUCAUCGCCGUCAAGCAAAUGCGGCGCUCAGGGAACCGGGAGGAGAACAAGCGGAUCCUGAUGGACCUGGACGUGGUGCUCAAGAGCCACGACUGCCCCUACAUCGUCCAGUGCUUCGGCACCUUCAUCACCAACACCGACGUCUUCAUCGCCAUGGAGCUGAUGGGCACCUGCGCUGAGAAGCUGAAGAAGCGCAUCCAGGGCCCCAUCCCCGAGCGCAUCCUGGGCAAGAUGACAGUGGCGAUCGUGAAGGCGCUGUUUUACCUGAAGGAGAAGCACGGGGUGAUCCACCGUGACGUCAAACCCUCCAACAUCCUCCUGGACGAGCGGGGGCAGGUGAAACUCUGCGAUUUCGGCAUCAGCGGCCGCCUCGUCGACUCCAAAGCCAAGACCCGCAGCGCCGGCUGCGCCGCAUACAUGGCCCCCGAGCGCAUCGACCCCCCCGACCCCACCAAGCCUGACUACGACAUCCGCGCCGACGUGUGGAGCCUCGGCAUCUCCCUGGUGGAGCUGGCCACGGGGCAGUUCCCCUACCAGAACUGCAAGACGGAUUUCGAGGUGCUGACGAAGGUGCUGCAGGAGGACCCCCCGCUGCUGCCCCCCGCCAUGGGCUUCUCCGGGGACUUCCAGGCCUUUGUCAGGGACUGCCUCACCAAGGACCACAGGAAGAGACCAAAGUACAACAAGUUACUGGAGCACAACUUCAUCAAGCGCUACGAGACGCUGGAGGUGGACGUGGCCACCUGGUUCAAGGACGUCAUGGCCAGGACAGAGUCCCCUCGCACCGGCGGUGGCCUCAGCCAGCACCACCUCCCCUUCUUCACCAGGUAGCACCCGCCGCCCGCCCCUGCCCGCGCUGGCCGUGACACCCAUGGUGGCCCUGACACCCGGGACACCUGUGGUGGCUGUGACACCUGUGGUGGUCGUGACACCCGGCUGUGACACCUGUGGUGGCCAUGACACCUGCGACGGCCACUGUGUGCCCCGGCAGCCAUGUGGACACCCACAUCCCGGCGUGUCCUGCUGCAUCCCCACGUGCCACGGCGUGUCACCGUGCACCUUGGCGUGUCACAGGGUGUCCCAGGGCAUCCCGGUGUGUCCCCACGUGUCCCAGGGCAACCCAGUGUGUCCUGGUGUGUCCCAGCACAUCCCAGUGUGUCCCAGUACAUUCCUGGCACGUCCCCAGUAUGUCCCAGCACAUCCUGAUGUAACCCGUCACCUCCUGUCCUCGUGGAUCCCAGUGUGUCUCAACAGAUCCCAGUCUGUCCCAGUGUCUCCUGGCGUGUCCCAGUGUGUCCCCUCCUGAUGUCCCCACCCCCCUUACAAUGCUGGGGCAGGGGGACGCGUGUGCCCCCUCUGUGUGUGUGUGUCCCCCGGGUGGCCCGUGCCUCAGUUUCCCCAGGGCCAGCAGCUCCUCGGCCUCCAAGCUCAGGACUGUCCCCGUCCCCAACCCCAGUGCAGGGUCCCCGAGUGGGGACAGGGAUGGGGACAGGACCUGGCUGUGGGGGACAGCACGGGGACACGGCACCAGGAUGUGACAUGAGGACGUGACACGGGGAUGUGACAUGGGGACACAGCGCAGGGACAUGGCACUCUGGGAUGUGACACAGGGAUGUGACACGGGGAUGUGGCGUGGGGACACGGUGCAGGGACGUGGCACGCUGGGAUGUGGCACGGGGCUGUGGCUCGCUGGGAUGUGACAUGGAUGCAGCACAGCGGGAUGUGACGUGCAGAUGUGGCACGGGGACACGGCACAUGGACGUGGCACGGGGACGUGACAUGGGGGCACGGCUUGGGGAUGUGACACAGGGAUGUGACAUGGGGACAUGGGCACGGAGAUGGCAUGGAGAUGUGGCACAUGGAGGUGACGGGAUGGAGGACGAUGCGUGGGGACACUGCGGGGAUGUGGCACAGAGACAGCACAGAGGGACGACGAGAUGGCACAGGGAUGUGGCACAGAGGUGUGACAUUGGCACGUGGCAUGGAGGUGGCACGGUGACACAGCGCAGAGAUGUGACAUGGGCAUGUGGCACGGAGAUGGCACAGGGAUGUGGCACGGGGACACAGCACAGAGAGAGGGGACAACAUGGAGACCCGACGUGGGGACAUGGCAGAGAGGUGGCAUGGAUGGCACAGAGGUGGCACCAGGAUGUGACAUGGGGACACAGUGCGGAGAUGGCACCAGGAUGUGACGUGGGGACGUGGCACAGAGAUGGCACCGGGAUGUGACACGGGGACACAGCGCUGAAGGAUGAGAUGGAGAGGUGGCCUGGGGACACAGCACAGAGAUGGCUCGGGGAUGUGGCACGAAGGACGACAUGCAGCAGUGGCACAGAGAUGGCUCGGGGACGUGGCGCAGAGGGACGCCGUCGGGACACACCGUGGGGACACGGCCCAGGGCCAUGUUACGGGGAUGUGACAUGGAGGGACAAUGUGGGGACACGGCAUGGGGACACAGUCCACAGAAGCCCCCCGGGGUGACGGUGGCCCCAGGGUGACGGUGACACGGGGCCGGCACGAGGCCACGCAGCGACAAUCAGGGCUGGGGACAGGGCACGGGGGCCACCGCGGGGCCACCUCAGGUGUGGUCCCCACCUGUGUCCCUCCUCCCCGUGUCCCCCAGGGUGGCAGCAGGUGCAGUUUUAGUGCAUUGUGGACGCGGGCGGUGGCUCCCCCUCGUUAUCGUCGUUAUUAUUAAUUAAUUAUUAUUAUUGUUAUUAUUAUUAUUAUUAUUAUAUUAUUAUUAUUAUUAUUAUAAAUGCGCAUGUGGAACCCGA